UUCAGAAACCUGAUUGGUUGCUCUAGAUGCUGUGAAUGGUAUAAAAUGAGCUCUUAGUUGGAAGAAAUCUAAAGAAUCAAGCAUCCCUGAGUUUCAGACAGAAACUUACUGAGAACGUGUGUUCAAAGGGCUAUCAAGAAAUGGGGACCUGGAUUUUGUUUGCCUGCCUCCUGGGAGCAGCCUUCUCUAUGCCUCUACCACCUCAUCCUGGGCACCCUGGUUAUAUCAACUUCAGCUAUGAGGUGCUCACCCCUCUGAAGUGGUACCAGAGCAUGAUAAGACACCCGUACCCUUCCUAUGGUUACGAACCCAUGGGUGGAUGGCUGCACCACCAAAUCAUUCCCGUGGUGUCCCAGCAGACUCCCCAGAAUCACGCCCUGCAGCCUCAUCACCACAUCCCCAUGGUGCCAGCUCAGCAGCCCGUGGUCCCCCAGCAGCCAAUGAUGCCAGUUCCUGGCCAACACUCCAUGACUCCAACCCAACACCACCAGCCAAACCUCCCUCUGCCCGCCCAGCAGCCCUUCCAGCCCCAGUCCAUCCAGCCGCAGCCUCACCAGCCCCUGCAGCCUCACCAGCCCCUGCAGCCCAUGCAGCCCAUGCAGCCCUUGCAGCCCUUGCAGCCCCUGCAGCCCCUGCAGCCCCAGCCACCUGUGCACCCCAUCCAGCCCUUGCCGCCACAGCCACCUCUGCCUCCGAUAUUCCCCAUGCAGCCUCUGCCCCCCAUGCUUCCUGACCUGCCUCUGGAAGCUUGGCCAGCAACAGACAAGACCAAGCGGGAGGAAGUGGAUUAAAAGAUCAGAAAAUGAGAAGAGACCUGAAGUAAAUACUUCAGUUGCUUUCAGAAAGACACAAGAACACAAAGAUUUUUUCCUACCACCACCUUACUUAGUAAAUUCUGUAAC